AUGGCCCAAAAAUCCCCGGUUAAACCAGUGAUCCAGAAACCCCCGGGUUAUAGGACCCCAAACUACCCUGGCCAACCCGUACCCGGUCCACCGCCGCCGCGAAAACCCGUCUACCCUCCUACUCUCCGCCAAAAGCAGAAAAAACGAGGGGGCAGCUGCUGCAAAAUAUGCUGCUGCGUCUUCUGCGCCUUCCUCCUCAUCGUCGUCAUCCUCGUCGCCCUCGCCGGCGGGAUCUUCUACCUCCUCUUCGACCCGCGCCUCCCGGCCUUCUACUUGAUAUCGUUCCAGAUCCCCAAAUUCGACGCCGUUUCGAAGUCCGACGGGACCCACCUCGACGUCCAGGCGGUGACGAGCGUGGAAGUGAAGAACCCAAAUCCCAAAUUGGACAUUUACUACAGCGAGGGCUUCGAGAUGUCGCUGAGCAUCGGGGACGAGAACGACGGCGGAUUGGGGAUAGGUACAAAAGAGGUGAAGGGGUUUACGCAGCGGCACCGGAACACGACGUACGUGAAGGUGGAGAGCGGGGUGAGGAACAAGGUAGUGGAGCAGCCGGUGGGGAAGAAGCUGCUGGGGCAGUUCAAGAGCAAGGAGAUAAAGGUGGCGCUGGAGGGGAAGACGAGGAUUGGGUAUGUGAUCCAAGGGUGGAGGGUGGGGACGAUGCAGAUCAAUGUGUUGUGUGGUGGUGUGAGGUUGAAGAAUGUGGAUGCUGGAGACAUGCCCAAGUGCACCAUCAAUGCCUUCAAAUGGAUUAACAUUCGUUGA